GUGGUAAAGGUGUGAUAAAUCUGAGGGGGGAAUAGGAUAAACCCGCCGCUCGGGCUGGCUGCGCAUGCGCGGGACCGCUGAGAGUGACGGCAGUGCGCAUGCGCGGUGGUUGUAAACAGUGCGCGAUCACGGCUCGUCCUGAUCUCGUUCUCUGCGCGCGCCCUCGGUAACGCCGCCGCGGCUCCGGGUCACAGAGAGGGGGGUCAAAGGUCAUGGAGUACACAGGGAGGAGGAGGAGGAGGAGGGGGUGUUAGGGUUAAAGUGUAGAGGGGCAGUAUGGAGGCGGCUCUGACCCGGCUCAGGUCCCUGAGUGCCGACGAGCUGAGGGAGGAGUUCCUGAAGGCCAACCUGAAGUGCGGCCCCAUCACCUCCACCACGCGCGCCGUGUUCGAGCGCAAACUCGCUCGCGCGCUCGUCGAGAGCGCCGGACUCUCCGCCGCCGAGUCGGGACAACCGGGCGCGACCCCGAACGCCGGCCCGGCCGAAGAGGGCGAUGUCGGGUACCAUCUCGGCCUCAACCCUCCGGAGGAGGAGCCGCUGAGCGAGAAGAGCGUCACGCCGUCACGACACGAAGUCCAGACGCCCAACAAAACGCCCCAGGUCACGCCCACCUACUUCUACGGGGUGUGUCCGCUCUGGGAGGACGUGCUGGCCAGGAAUGAGAGGGUCCACGUGUACACGGAUAAGAAGGAGGCGCUGCAGGCGGUGAAGAUGAUGAAGGGCGCUCGCUUCAAGGCCUUCUCCACCCGAGAGGACGCGGAGAAGUUCGCCAAGGGCCUGUGCGAUUACUUCCCCUCGCCGAGCAAGUGCGCCCCCUGCGUGUCCCCGGUGAAGACCGCCCUCUUCUUCGGCAAAGACGGCGCGUCUCUGGCAGAGACGGACGGGACGAACCGCGAGAAGGCGAACAGCUUUAAGAGCCCGCGUCCUCAGGACCUGACAGCGAGGCUGCGGGUGUGUGUGGAGCGAGGGGACGAGGCCGCCUUCACCGACCUGGUGUGGAGCAACCCGCGCUACCUCAUCGGCUCCGGGGACAACCCCACCGUGCUGCAGGAGGGUUGCAGGUAUAACGUGAUGCACGUGGCGGCGAAGGAGAACCAGGCGGGCGUGGCUCAGCUGCUCCUCGACACCCUGGAGAACCCGGACUUCAUGCGCCUGAUGUAUCCUGACGACGUGGAGAGCAUGCUGCACCAGCGCAUCCGCUACAUCGUGGACCUGUACCUCAACACGCCCGAUAAAGCCUGCUUCGAGACUCCGCUGCACUUCGCGUGUAAGUUCGGCUGCGCCGCCGUGGUGAACGUCCUCUGCUCUCAUCCUCACAUCGACAAACACAGAAAGAACAAAUACGACCAGAAACCCUGCGAGAUUAUCUGUGAGCGAAUAAAGGAAAAAAACAAAGUCGCGGAGAUCAGACAGAAGAUCACGGAGUAUCUCGAAGACCGGUGUUACGUGCCCCUCCUCCGAGCCGCCGAUAACUCCGCCCAGCCCGUCAUCGGCGCCCCCUGGUCGCCCGAGCCCCUGGAGAACCGCUCGCCCAGAUUACCCAGGAGCCCCCGGGAGCCCGUGAUGGCGGUGAGGGCCUUCGCUGGUCCACUGAGCCCCUCUAAAGCGGAUGAGUUCAGACGUGUGUGGAAGACGCCCCCUAGAGAGAGAGCGGAGCAUUUCCACCACAUCCUCAAAUCAGACCCUGAGCGUGGAGCAGAGCGUGUCGGCAGGGACCUGGCGCGUGAGCUGGGUCACCCCUGGGCCGAGUACUGGGACUUCCUGGACGGGUUUGUGGACCUGGCGUCAGUCGAGGGUCUGCGGCGCUUGGAGGAGUUCCUGAGCAAGAAGGACUUCAGUGAGCGCACGCGAGACCAGGCUGGAGAGAUCAACAACAGCAACAAGUUCAGAACUCCUUCUCCAGGAAAGCAGAAGAAGUUCAGUAACUCGGUGUCGGUCGGAGCGUUCCUGGACGAGACCGAUAUCUCUCUGGAGGAGAUGAAGAACAGACAGAACGCCGCGCUCACCAGCAUCUCGUCCUCCUCCAUCGCCUGCUGCGCCAGCGACGAUCUGAGUGGGCGGGGCUUCCACAUCCUGCCCGUCUCGCAAGACUCCGCCCUCAUCGAGCCACGGAAGCCCGCCUCCUCCUGCCCGCCGUCGCCCGUCUCCAACCUGAUGGCGGAGUUCGAGCGCAUGACGCUGCGCGACCACACGGACGGCGCCGGACAGGAAGGGGCGGAGCUUUCCAGCGGCAGUUCGGACGAGUACUUCCUGGCGCCAGAGAGCGUGCGGGAGGAGGAGGGGCAGAGAGCGAGGACUCGCCUGGGAUCGAACGGCGAGCGAUCGAUCUGUUCACGCUCCAGGUCGUGGGAUCACGGAAGCUCCGCCUCCUCCUCUUCUUCUCCCUCCUCCUCCUCCGCCACCUCCGGUUCUUAUCGAUCACUGGACCGCUCGAACGACCUCAUCAUGACCACGCCCCCUCGAGUCAGGAAGGGGCUGUUCAUUGAGGGGGACGCCCCGUCUCGACUGGACCGUGACGUUUUCGCCGCAGUGAAAGGAACCGAAAUCGACCCGCUUAAAUAUCCCAGCAUUCACAAGUGGAGAGGCACCGUCGAGUCGUACACCAGCGCAGAGAUGCAGAGUUGGCAGACUCCUGCGGUGUUAAAGUCUCACUCCAGACUCCAGUCUCUGACUCCUGGUUCCCCCGGGAGCCGCUACAGCCCGGCCAGACACGCCUACUCGCCGGACUGCACCAGCCCCGGGCGCUACAGCCCCGCCCACGCCAGCUACAUCCAGCGCAUUCGACUCAAGCACUUCGGAGACUCGCCGAUUUAACAAACACACGGCGUCGACUCGACACAGCGCCGAGCUCCGCCCCAGGACUUUACCGAGAGAAAGAAAAGAAAAAAACAUUUAGCGUGAACUGAACUGGUACGCUGUAGUGUAUAUUUUUAAACGGUUGUCCUUUUCUUAUAUGUGUGUGUGUGUGUGUGUGUGUGUGUGUGUGUGUAAGUGUAUGUACGAGUGUGGAUUUGUAUCCGUAAUUAUUUAUGGGUGACGCAGAAAUAUUUAAGUCGACGCAAUCACACCGUGUAACUCAGUAGCCCCGCCUUCUGUCAGGGGUUUAAACAAAACAAAAAACACAAACAAGAAGACAAAGGGAAAUCAGCCCUCACAGCGCCUCCUGCUGGUCAAUAACUGGAAUACGCUCUUAUCUGUUUGAUUUGUUUGAUUUCGCUGCAGUAAUAAAUGUCUUGCUUUACUCGUCA